GGCUUCCGUGUCGAAAAAUUACUAGCAAUGUUCGACAGUGACGAAAUAGAGAUAAAAAGUUACUUUAAAUCGAAUUUGCUGGCAUGUCGGCAAGCGAUUGAUGACGAUUUCAAAAAAUUCGCUACUCUCGAUACAAAUGGCCAGCGCGUUUCUUUGCUGCUUAGUUAUCCAGAGGCGCAUGAACUGUCUCUGGAAGUCGAGAAUUGCCCGGUGAAAGAUCUUCAGAGUGCUUUGAAGCUCAAGGAAUCCGGGAAUAAAUAUUUUGGGCAUGGAAAUUUUUUUAAGGCUCUUGAGACUUAUUCAAGCGCUAUUUUGAUUACUCCUAAAAAAGAGCUAGGAAUAUUCCUAGCAAACCGUUCAGCAGCCCUGUAUAACCUUACCCUCUUCGAAGAAGCUCUGAGCGACGCGAACGAAGCCUUCAAAAUCGGGUACCCCAAAGAACUGGCCUAUAAGCUUGAAGAACGGCGCGCCAGAUGUCACUUGGCGCUGAAGAACAACUCAGAGGCAAUUUCUUCUUUCCAAAAGACAUUGGCAUGCUUGGACGACACCAAACUUCCCCUGGAGAAGAAGCAGAAGCUGGAGAUGGACGUCAGAAUGAUGCUAGCGGUGAUGGAAAAGGGAAAAGAGUUGAACAAGUCAAAGGACACUAAAUCGACCGCUCAAAAUGGUUCAGCAAAAUUAAAACAAUCAGCGUUAUGCGCUAAGCUCCAAGUUCCCAAGAUAGCGGACUGCAAUCCGCUGUAUCCAAACUGCAGCUCUUCCAUGGAGAUCCGCGAGUCUCAAGAUUUGGGAAGAUAUGGCGUUGCGACUCGCGACAUUGAACCAGGAGAACUUUUGAUGGUCGAGAAGCCAAACAAUGCCGUUCUUCUCACGGAAUACAGACUGACCAAUUGUCACUACUGCUUCACGAAGAAUAUCGCUCCGUACCCUGCUGCUUGUGACACGUGCGCUGCUGUUGCUUACUGCAGCACAAAAUGCAGAGACGCUGACAGCAAGGUUCAUUUAAAUGAGUGCAGUGUCCUGGUGCCACUCUGGCUGUCAGAAGCUUCGGUCACCUGCCUGAUGGCCAUUAAAGCCAUCAUCCAGAAGCCCUGGUCCAAGUUGAAAGCUCUGAAAGAAGAGUUUUACAAGUCGAAGGCUGGGUUUAAACCUUCUGCUGAUCAUCCUUUUAAGGGAACUGAUUAUGUCUGCUUUUGGUCACUUGUGACUCACGAAAGCGAAAGAACUAUCGACGACUUGUUCCACCGCGCUUACAUGGCAGCUUGGUUGCUCCGAGUCCUGAAGACCAGUCGCUAUCUUCCGGAGAGUAUUAAGACAGCACCCCAAGAACCGCUUUCUGAAGACGAGCUCUACGUUGCUGAUUUACUCUGUCAUCACUUGCAGCUUUUGCAGUUUAAUACUCACGAAAUUUCGGAGAUUAUCAAACCGAGGGGGGAGACAAAUCUCGCGAAAUGCAAAAACAAUUUUAUUGGAGGCGGAUUGUUUCCUACACCUGCUUUGUUGAAUCAUUCUUGUAAUCCAGGAAUUAUUCGUUAUUUCGUCGGCACAACAAUGAUUGUCCGCGCCAUCCGGACAAUAAAAAAAGGCGCUGAAGUCUGCGACAAUUACGGACCUAACUUCGCGACAACUGUCGAGUCGGACCGUAAACUAAACGUCGACUCAAACGAAUUCAUGUGCCUCUGCAGCAAAUGUGGUAAAAGCACCAACAUUAUGAAAGGCCUGAAAGCUCUUCAGGACACUGACGCGCUGUUUAAAGUUGCUUCGAGACAUCUAGAAGAUGGUGAAAAUUCCGAAGCGCUGGACACGUAUUUGAAAAUACUUAAAAUUUUCGACGAGACUCUCGAGCAUCCCAUCAAAGAUUAUUAUCUCUGUCAACAAGGUGUCAAACUCACUAUGCUUCCUCUCGGCAACACAGCUAUUCGUAAACGUAUAAAAUAA